AUGGCAUGUUUCAUUGAAUUGACAAAUGUGGUGAAGUUUGAUGGCACCAGGAACUUCGGGCUGUGGCAGACGAGAGUGAAGGAUCUGUUGGCUCAACAGAGUAUCUCGAAGGUGCUCAGCGGGAUUAAGCCGGAGAAGGUAGAUGAUGACAAGUGGGAGGAGAUGCAGAUGCAGGCGCAGGCAUGUGCAACUAUCAGGCUGUGUCUCUCUGAUCAGAUCAUGUACCAUGUCAUGGAGGAAACUUCUCCGAAGAAAAUUUGGGACAAGUUGGCCAGUCAGUUCAUGUCCAAGACGGUGACUCAGAAGCUGUAUCUGAAGCAGAAGUUGUUUGGCUUGAAGAUGCAGGAGGGGUCAGAUCUUGCAGAGCACAUCAAUGUCUCCAAUCAAUUGAUUGCUGAUCUUGUGAAGGUUGAUGAUGAAGACAACGCUCUUAUUCUUCUAUGUUCGUUGCCGAGGUCUUAUGAGCACUUGGUUACUACGCUGACGUAUGGGAAGGAGGACAUCAAGGUGGAGGACAUUGUUGCUGCGUUGCUUGCUCAUGAUCAAAGGAGGAAGAAUAAUGCAACGGAGGAGUCUUUUGGUGAUGCUUUCCUAGUCAGGGGUGGUCGUGGUGUGGAAGAUAAGAGAGGCAAGAAGAAGAAGGGGCCGCGGUGCUUUAAGUGCAAGAGGUGCCUUGUCAAGUUCUAUAGUCUUCCUUCCUGUAUAUCCCGCAAUUCUUGCUCUGUCAUACCCAUGGCUACGGCUUGUUUCUAG